AUGAUUAGUGUUACCUGGAGCAUCUUCCUAGUUUGGACUAAAAUAGGGCUGUUACUUGAAAUGGCACCUUAUUCUGUUAGUGCCAAACCAUGCCCUUCAGUAUGUCGCUGUGAUGUGGGUUUCAUAUAUUGUAAUGAUCGCGAUUUGACGUCUAUUCCUACAGGAAUCCCAGAGGAUGCAACUACCCUCUUUCUUCAGAACAAUCAAAUAAAUAAUGCUGGGAUUCCUUCAGAACUGAAGAACUUGCUUAGGGUGGAAAGAAUAUAUUUAUACCGCAACAGCCUAGAUGAAUUCCCCACUAACCUCCCUAAGUACAUUAAGGAACUACAUUUGCAGGAGAACAAUAUAAGGACCAUUACUUACGAUUCACUUUCAAAAAUUCCUUAUCUGGAAGAACUGCAUUUAGAUGAUAAUUCUGUUUCCGCCGUUAGCAUUGAGGAUGGAGCUUUCCGGGACAACAUCUAUCUCAGACUUCUUUUUCUCUCUCGAAAUCACCUUAGCACCAUUCCCUGGGGUUUGCCUAAAACCAUAGAAGAGCUACGCUUGGAUGAUAAUCGCAUUUCCUCAAUUUCUGAGCUGGCCCUUCAAGACCUUACAAAUCUAAAACGCCUUGUUUUAGAUGGAAAUCUUCUAAAUAAUCAUGGAUUAGGAGACAAAGUCUUCAUGAAUCUAGUCAAUCUUACAGAAUUGUCAUUGGUCCGCAAUUCACUCACAGCUGCACCGGUGAAUCUGCCGGGAACAAACCUAAGAAAGCUUUACCUCCAAGAAAACCACAUCAACCGUGUGCCAUCCAAUGCUUUCUCUUAUUUACGACAGUUGUAUCGACUAGAUAUGUCCAAUAACAAUCUCAGCAAUUUACCUCAGGGUGUCUUUGAUGAUCUGGAUAACAUCACUCAACUUUUUCUUCGCAACAAUCCUUGGCACUGUGGGUGCAAAAUGAAAUGGGUACGUGACUGGUUACAGUCCUUGCCUUUAAAAGUGAACGUACGUGGACUGAUGUGUCAGGCACCGGAAAAAGUACGUGGGAUGGCUAUCAAAGACCUCAGCGUAGAACUGUUUGACUGUAAGGACGAUAGCAUGAUAAGCACCAUCCAAAUCACUACUGCAGUACCAAACACGUUAUACCCGGCCCAGGGACACUGGCCCAUUUCUGUGACCAGACAACCAGACAUCAAGACUCCCAACCUAAAUAAAAACUACAGAACCACAGCAAGCCCAGUACACAAAAUCAUCACAAUAUUUGUGAAAUCUGUAAGCACGGAGACUAUUCACAUCUCCUGGAAAGUUGCACUACCCAUGACUGCUUUGAGACUGAGCUGGCUCAAGAUGGGUCACAGCCCUGCCUUUGGAUCUAUAACUGAAACAAUAGUUACAGGUGACAGAAGCGACUAUUUGCUCACAGCUCUUGAACCAGAGUCACCAUACCGUGUGUGCAUGGUUCCCAUGGAAACCAGCAACAUCUAUCUCUCUGAUGAAACACCCGAAUGCAUUGAGACCGAAACGGCGCCUCUUAAGAUGUACAACCCUACUACCACCCUCAACCGGGAGCAGGAGAAAGAACCUUACAAAAACUCCAGCUUGCCCUUGGCCGCCAUCAUUGGCGGCGCGGUGGCACUGGUGGCCAUAGGGCUGCUGGCCCUGGUCUGCUGGUACGUCCACAGAAACGGGUCCCUGUUCUCCCGGAACUGCACCUAUAGCAAGGGACGCCGGAGAAAAGAUGACUAUGCUGAAGCGGGAACCAAGAAGGAUAACUCCAUCCUGGAAAUCAGGGAGACUUCUUUCCAAAUGAUACCAAUAACCAGUGACCAAGUGUCCAAGGAGGAAUUUGUAAUACACACCAUUUUCCCACCCAAUGGCAUGAAUCUGUACAAGAACAGCCACAGUGAAAGCAGUAGUAACAGGAGCUACAGAGACAGUGGUAUUCCAGAUUCAGAUCAUUCACACUCAUGA